AUGCUCUUUUCGGCCAUAUGUCGUCCCGUGUGCGCCCGAUGGGGCACAGUCACGAGUAUUUCUGCGGAUACUAUUUGCGACUGCCACUUCGCAAAAAAUCCCAUGAACCUGAUUGUCAUACGAGAGCAGAGCAUACCAAAGACUGCCAGGAUCACCAGGAAGAGGUUGCUGUACCCACAAGACUCCGCCGAGGUAGGCAUUCCUGAAGGCGCUCAGUGUCCCCUUGGGCAUCAACAGAGCCGUAGCGCUUACGAUGCAGUCUGGAUCGAAGAUGUGUACCCUCGUGGUGGUACUCUUUCCACUUUCGCAGCCAUCAGCUCGCCAGCUUGCGCCUUUUAUGCUACCUAUGAAGAAGAGGGGUGGGUCUUGCAGGGCAAUGUUAACCAGUGUCAACUGUUUCCGUGGCUCACUGAAUCGAAGCAUGGCUUGGUAAAUACGAACAUUUUCAUGGCUUGCAAAGUCGGCACUUGUGGAUUGGGAUGUAAACAAGAGAAUUGGUCAGUGCUCGACGGCAGAAAAAGGCUAGUGCUCCAGUACUGCGCAACUUCUUCUUGGGAGGGGAGAUCAGGAUUGACUCCAUCAGAAGAGCGCAAGAGGCCACCGUCCUUGUUGUACAUGCUGUCCCGAAGCCGCCAUGUCGAGUGCGAGCAACGCGAUGACAGUCACAAUUUGGCCAUCGCCGAUCACGAAGCCCUGGGCCACCGAGCAUCCUGCGAUAAAGCCAAGAACGAGGCUUCUGCUCAGGCGUCCUGGACCGAACAAUUCCAUCAACUCGGAGGAUGUCUCAGUAAUCGCAAGGGGUUACUAGCGAUGCCACAUGACCCUUGA